AUGGUGGACUCAAUUACGGGAUGCAAAUUGAUAUGCAUGUUGGAUGCUUAUCAGGGAUACCACCAAGCCCCACUUGCCUGGAGUGAUCAAGAGAAAGUAAGUUUCAUCACGGCGGACGACACCUACUGCUACAAUGUGAUGCCAUUUGAACUGAAGAAUGCUGACGCCACAUAUCAACGUCUCAUGAACAAGGUGUUUCGGAAGCAGAUCAGGCGGAACUUGGAGGUAUACGUGGAUGACAUCCUUAUUAAAUCACUCCGAGCGGUCAACCUAUGUGAAUAUAUAGAGGAGACCUUCCAUACAUUGAGGAUGUAUGGAGUCAAGCUAAAUCCUCAGAAGUGUCUCUUCGGAGCAAAGAGCGGUCGCUUUUUGGGCUAUAUCGUCACCGAGCGGGGCAUAGAGGCGAACCCCAGCAAGAAGCUUGCCUUCGUGUUAGUCCUCGCCGCCUGGAGACUCCGACCCUACUUUCUCGCGCACAUAAUCGUCGUCAUGAUGAACAACCCUUUGGGAAGAGUACUUCUUAAUCCAGAGGCAUCCAGACGAUUGAUCAAAUGGAUAACUGAGCUCAGCGAAUUCGACAUACAGUACCAGUCCCGGACGGCAAUUAAGGCGCAAUCCUUGGCGGACUUCAUCACCGAAGUGCAGAACCCCGAGCCUGCAGCCACUUGGAGUGUGUACGUGGACGGGUCGACCGCAUGGCAAGGAAGCAACAUCGUUCUUUUGCUGAUUUCACCACAAGAAGAGCGGAUGCAUCUGUCCAUUCGGUUGGAUUACCGCGCAACCAACAACGAGGUGGAGUAUGAGACCCUCAUAGCAAGAUUACAGGCUACUCGGCACGUAGGAGCCAGUAAGGUGUUAAUUUAUUCAGACUCACAGUUGGUUGCUCAGCAGCUCUUGGGAACCUUCGAGAUCAACAACACCAGGCUGAAGCUGUACGCGGAGGCAUUCAACAAGCUCAAAACCAACUUUGGCGAGGUUGUCAUACAGAAGAUCCCCCGAGCGGAGAAUCAGGCAGCAGAUGAGUUGGCGAAACUAGCGAGUUCGAUAACGUCGAUCGUCACCCAGCAACCGAUCAAGCAAGUAUCCUUAGUGGCUCACAUUGACAGGAUGGAGGGCCUCGCGUUCCCGAACGACUGGAGGACGACCAUAGUGGAGUUCUUGCGAUCAGGAGCUGCUCCGUCCGAUCAAGAUGAGGCACAGUUACUAAGAAGGAGAGCGGGUCGGUUCACCCUUAUAGGGGACCAGCUCUACAAGAAGGUUUUCUCCCAUCCGCUGCUAAAGUGUGUCAGCUCGGAAGACGCGAAAUAUAUACUAAAGGAGGUGCAUCAAGGAUCCUGCGGAGGUCACCCGGGCGGCCGAUCGUUAGUAAAAAAGAUCCUGCUAGCUGGAUAUUUCUGGCCGACCCUCCAGGAAGACGUCGCUCGGACUGUCGCCACUUGCCUUUCCUGUCAAAGAUAUCACAGUUUCUCCCAUCGCCCGACGGAGGAGAUGAAGGCCUCUACAGUAGCCUGCCUGUUCAACCAGUGGGGCAUGGAUAUUGUAGGACCCUUUCUCAUGGCGACUGGAUAG